AUGUGGUUCAUCCUGAUAUUCGGCUCGAUUCCAGUCCUCCGACCUUUCUUCGUGCGGUUCUCCCAGAGCAUCAAAAGCGCCGCGUAUGGGAGUUCACGCAAUCGGUCCCUGCAGCCUCAUUCGGGUUCAAAUAAUGAUGCUUGGAUGUAUUUGCGGGAUCGGCCGCAUCGAUCGUGGGUUUCUCGGGGGAAGGAGGAUAGUAAGGGGACAAAUGGGUUUAAUAGUAAUAGUCAAGAGGAGAUUCUGGGGUUUGAGCUUAGGGAUCAGAUUGUGGUUACGCGAAACACAACUGUCAUCGAGGAGAGGCAGUGA